CCUGCAAGCCGAGAGGAGGGCGAGGAGGGUCCGGUGUCCGGUGUACGACUGUACGUGCGUCAUAUCGUGCGGAGACAGACGGAGACGCGGUCGAUAUUGCAGACGGUGUCGAGAAUGGAGGCCCCGACGUUCAAAGGUUAUUUCGAGAGCCCACUGGCGUGCUUCAGCCAACUCCAGAAGGCGCAGACUGAACCACUGUCCGAGGAAGAGUUUGCUAUCUUCCUUGGAUCAUUAUUUACAGAUUUUGAGGAUGCAGACCCCGCGGGUGACAAAGAGGAUGUGGCUGAGAAGCUCUUCAAGAUAUUUGAUCGAAACCAAGAUGGGAAGCUCGACUUUUCCGAAUUCGAGGCCAUGUGGGAACAGUGGGUAGUUCCCAUGCUCCAUCCCAAAUGCGCAUUUGUUGCCGUCGACGUUCAGAACGACUUCAUCUCUGGGUCGCUGUCCCUCAAGAACAUUCCUGCCGGCCGAGACCCCGAAAGCGUUGUUCCGGUGAUCAAUGACUUGACCGAACACCUGCCCUUUGAUGUCGUCGUCUACACCUUCGACUGGCACCCCAAGGACCACAUCUCUUUCUUCGAAAACAAGCACCGCCGGGCCUUCCACCCGAGCAGCAAGGUGAGCGCGCAAGAUGCCAGGGUCCUGGACACUGUAGUCUUCUGUGACCCUUGUUCUGAGUCUGGAUAUGUGGAGCAGACACUCUGGCCGAGCCACUGCGUGCAGGGCAGCUGGGGUGCACAGCUGCACAAGGACCUAAGACUCGCAGACAAGGCCCUGAAGAUCUAUAAAGGUGAAAAGACAGACGUAGACAGCUAUUCUGCCUUCUGGGAUAACGCAAGGUGCUCCGAGACCUCGCUGCACAGUGAGCUACGUAAGCAUGGCAUCACUACCGUCUUUGUCUGUGGCCUCGCGAACGACAUCUGCGUAGCCUUCACUGCUCUGCAUGCGUUGGAACUUGGCUAUGGUACCAUCUUGGUUGAAAACGCCUCCUGUGGGACGUCAGAGGAGGCGGUGGAAAAGAUGAAGCGCAAGCUGCAGGACCAGCUUUGCCUCUUCGUCGACAGUUCGGAAGUGGCCGACCUAGUGUCUGGGAAGAAGAGGCCUUGGCGGCUCGGUCUACAGCUGGCGAAAGCCAGUGCUCCGCAAAUGGGCUAAAUCGGGCAUGUCUUUUG